GCUGCGCUCAUUGGUCAGGCUUCACGGCCCUUUCCGGUCUGUUUACAAACGCAGGCAGGGCUCGAAGCACGUCUGCUGGAGUUUAAAAGUUAUUUGUGUAUUUAGUGUUUAGAUUUUAAGGUUCUCGUUUCUCCGUGAUGGUGAGCGGCUGCAUGGUUCCCGGAUGUCCGAGGACAGAGAGGAGCGCAGAGGCGGGAGUCGCUUUUUACAGUCUGCCUGUUAGAGACUCUGAGCUUUGUCAACAGUGGCUACGGGCGGCGAAUAACCCGAAAUAUGGAGACAACACCGAUAAAGGAACACUGGAUAAACUCCACAUUUGUAGUCUACAUUUCAGACCAGAGGACUAUGAUUAUUACGUGUCGACUGACAUCGUGGAGAGCACACUGGGGCGCAACGCCGUCCCUUCUGUUGGUUUGAACGAGGAAGAACCGGAGUUUAAUUUUUCCCCAUCGAAAGAAGUGAAACAAAGGCAUUCCCGGAUAAACAUCGGAGCAAGAACCUGCUGCGUUAAAAACUGCCAUCAACGCUCUCACGACCACCUGGGGAGAAAGACCGGUCUGUCGUUCUACUGUUUCCCCGCAUGGAGGAAGAACGAAGGCGCUCAGAUCUCAGCGCUGACCAUGAAGAGGAGAGCGGCCUGGGUGGCAGCGGUCGGCCACAGCCACAUCACAUUCAGCCACAUCCCCACAUCCAUGAGGGUGUGCUCCAGACACUUUCACUCCGGCAAACCAGCGUACGAGAUGCUGGUGUCAGAUCCAGACUGGGUGCCGUCGCUCAGCCUGGGUCAUGGUGAAGAAAAGGACCAACAGAGGAAGCGAGUUAACCGUCCGUCGAAGGCAGUGAAGACAACAAAAAAAACCAAAAAGAUGUCGUCAGGCAUUUUCAGACCUUCUACAGAAGGACCAGAGCCAGGAGGAAGAGGAGGAGGAGGAGGAGGAGGAGUUGUUUCAGCUCCUGUCACAUCUAAUAGUCUGUGGAGAGAGGCCAAAUCUCUGCUGCACUCGAUCCUGAACCCUCAGACGACCACCAGACCGCCUGCAGAUGAGAUAAGCAGGGAAGCAGUGCAUGCUGGGAAGGAGGCUGUCUUCAGAGAUUUCUUCAGAGAGUCUCUGCAGGCGUCUCUGGAAGCAUCCAGCAGGUCCAGGAUGCCGUUAGUUCAGCAGGCGACAAACACACCACCGGGGACCUCCACCUCCUCGUCCUCAUGUGUGAGCUGUGAGUGUCUGCAGAGGACCGUCAUGGUGCUGCAGGAGGAGCUGUCUCAGCGUACGGCAGGUCAGGCUAACAUGGAGGUCCCACAAGUCUUUGAUACAACUCCCAUCCCAUCAGAGCCGGCCUCACCGAGUCCUGAGAUGGCCCAGAUCGAGGAAGAAGUGCCUGACUGGGGAGAGCCUUUUGAAGGAGAUGAAGAUGGAGAUGUGGAGUUCUCUCCAAGCAGCUGCAAAGCUUCAAGAAUCAAGUCCAAGAGUCCGGCACGUCUUCGCUUCAGGAAGGCGUGGCUCAGCAUGUUCUGGUUCCUCCGGUACUCAAAGACUGACAAUGUCAUGUGGUGCUACGUCUGCCGUCUCCACCACGACAGGAGGUUUGCCAACAAGGGCAUGAUCAAAGGAACCAAGCUCUACAAGGUGGAUGCCAUCAAGAAGCACAGCUACAGCCAGUACCACAAAAUCAACCUGGACCGCUUCACCAAGGGGAUGUCUGAUUGAUUCUGUGAAUUAUGAUGUUAGUCAUGCCAAAUACUACCUCAAUACAACCUGAACGGCUCUGACGCAGCAUUCACAUCAUAAAUCCUGCAGGGGCGCCAGGUUCUGACAUCAAUGUGGAAAAAAGUCCAACUUCAGCUGCAUGUUUGAUCUUUAAAGGUGAUGCACAGUGUUCUGUAUUUAAGGCAGAAACUAAACUGUUGUAUUUUUUUCAGGAGAGUAGGGUAUGUGCAGCAACAAGAGCUGGAUCUGUCAGACAGUCUGUCCUGCAGAGGGCGCCCUUACUUCUCUGUUUACAUUAUGUAACAUGUUUGUCCUGCUCUGAUUUAUUUUCUUUGGUUUAAAAGGAAGAUAACAGGAUUUAUGUUUGCAGAAUAUGUUCCUUGUUGGUUUGGGAAUAUUAAACCAUCCAUAUUU